UAGGUAAUUAAAACAUUGCUAAAUUCAUUAGUUGCUCGUUCUAAAUAACACAAAGAAUACGUCUGCAAGACAUGGAUGAAAAGGAGAGGUGUAUGGGGGAAACCCCUCAAAAGGAUGUGGUCAAAGAUCGAUUUCCCAGAAUCGUUAUAAUUAUUUUGAUUGCCGAGUUUUGUGAACGCUUCUCUUAUUCUGGGAUGAGAGCAUUCUUGACGCUAUACCUGCGCAGUAAGCUCGACUACACAGACGACGGGGCAACAGAGAUCUACCACUUAUUCAGCACGCUCGUCUAUUUGUUCCCGAUAUUCGGAGGCAUCCUUGCAGAUAAUUAUCUGGGGAAAUAUAGAACGAUAUUCUACAUGUUGUUCGUGUAUGCCACUGGGAACAUCCUCGUUGCCGUCACCGCAGUACCCCAAUUAGCCCUUUCCGGCAGAUUAUGCACUCUUAUCGGUCUAUUCCUGAUAACAGUGGGUACUGGAGGCAUCAAGCCUUGUGUGAUGGCGUUUGGGGGAGAUCAGUUCAAACUUCCUGAUCAGGAGAAACAUCUGGCUAUCUACUUCAGCGUCCUCUACUUCACUCUUUGCACAGGAAGUCUAAUAGCUAAAGCCGUAUCGCCUAUUCUUAGAUCUGAGGUCAGCUGCUUUGGCGAUAAGGACUGUUAUUCCUUAGCUUUUGGUGCACCCAGUAUUAUUAUCAUUAUUUCUAUGAUAACUUUCGUGAGCGCAAAGAAGAGUUACGUGCUGAAAGAGCCUGAAGGAAAUGUCGUCUUCGACUUCAUUAAAUGUGUAGCGUUGGGUGUAAAGAACGCCGUACUAAAGAGGCGGAUAUCGUCCCGGUCGCACUGGCUGGACUCGACGGCCGACAGUUUCGACCCGGCCUUCAUCCGGGACGUGAAGCAGACCCUCAGCAUCCUGACGCUGUUCACUGUGCUGCCCGUGUUCUGGGCUCUUCUGGAUCAAUUGGGUUCCCGCUGGACACUGCAGGCUACCAAGAUGGACGGGCGGUUCUGGCUACUGACGGUGAAGCCGGACCAGAUGCAGGUGCUGGUGCCCACCUUCAUCCUGCUCAUCAUACCCACCAUGCAGAAGUGCGUGUACCCGUGGCUGCACGCGCGCGGGUUGCUACGGAACCCUCUGCACAAGCUGGUGGCGGGCGGCGCGCUGGCCGGUGUCGCCUUCAUCGCGUCCGGGACCCUCGAGAUCUACCUGAAGACCACCUAUCCGGAGCUGCCGCGCGCCGGCUACUCGCAGCUGCGUAUCUUCAACGGCCACCCCUGCCCCGUCUCUCUACACAACGACAACAUCACCUACAAUAUUGCCCCACUACAGCACUACUCCAAAAAGGACAUAAUUAUCACCGGCACAGCGAACAUUACCUUCGAACUGGGCGGCGACUGCAUAGAGCCCAGAGAACAAGUGUUUACUCUGUCAGAAGCAGCCGCUGUGUCGUAUUACCUCACGGGAGAUAAGUUCGAGAGAUACAUCGAUCACGUUCACAAAAGCCGCUCCGGAUUCCCCGUCGUCAGAUUCCUAGUAUCGGAUAACCUGAGUAACUCAAACAUGACUCUUUACAACAACAAGAGGGGAGAAAUAGAGGCGAAUAUUUCCGUGGGUGUGUCUCAGAGGCAUGAAGUAUACACGGCGAUGUAUUCCGUCACUGUCAAUGACACAGUGGUCUUGAAGGAUGUAGAGCUGGAGAGCGGCGGCGUUUACACCAUUAUGAUGGAUACAAUUGGAGACGAAUAUAAAACUGAGGUGUUAGUGAUUACUGCACCUAAUUCUAUAACAAUGGCGUGGAUGCUUCCACAAUUCCUGAUCAUGGCUGUAGCCGAGGUGCUGUUCGCGGUGAGCGGCAACGAGUUCGCGUUCAAGGAGGCCCCGGACAGCAUGCGGGCGGUGGUGUCGGCCUGCUUCCUGCUGACUGAAGCUGCCGGGAACGUCGUCAUCAUCGUCGUGUCGCGGCUCUGUGUCAACUACCAGCAGGAGACCCAGUUCUUCAUCUUCACAGCCAUGAUGUUCGUGUCGAUAGCCGUGUUCUACUGCAUGUCUCGCGGGUACCGGUUCACGGCCGAGCACAUCCCUAGCGUUGCGGGCACUAGGGACGCGCGCAAGGAUAGUGUGGUGCUGUACCACCAGGUCAAACAGGUCGAGGAAUGCACAGAUCAUUGAUUUAGGAGGUGCAUGCUGAGAAAAUAUUAUUUUUAAGUAUAAUGGCUGUGGAAAUGUGUUUUGUUGUCUUGUAAAAAGUACUUGUUAAAUAUAUAUUAUAGUUUAUUAAUA